AUCGUAGAGUCAUUCAUCUACUGUUCAGAGUAUUGUCCAUCAAAUAUAUCCGUGGUUUCUCUGGGCGGACAUCGAGCCAAAGCUUUAGGCUGAGCAGGAACGAACACAAUAUGUCGAGAGGAAAGGCGGAAACCACGCAACUUCAGAAGAAGCUGGAGGAGCAACUCGAGAGACUGGUCGAUCAGCUGGCGGAUCUUGAACAGGAGAAGAGCGAACUCAGCGAAGAGGAGUACAAUGACAUGAAGCAGGACACGGUAGAGCAACUUAAAGAGUUUCAAGCCUCACUCGAUAGAAUUCUGAAGGGUGAUAUCACCCUCGUGGACACUUUGAAUGGCCUGCAACUCGCGAUCCAAGCAGCCAUCUCGGACGCCUUCCGAACGCCGGAAAUCAUUCGAUUGUUCGCGAAGAAACAACCCGUGCAGCUUCGACAAAGACUCACGGAGCUGGAGAGAGACUUGAAAAUAUCCAAAAUCGCGUUGGAACCCUACAACCGAGAGAAGGUCGAGAUACUCCUCGCGUUGCGGAAACUCGGUGAUACUUUAAGUCCCGGGGAGAACUCGUUCAUCGAAAACCAUUCGAGCGCCAGCAUGAAACAAUUCGAGAAGAUUGACGAAAACGUCGAGAUCUCAGAUCGAAAGCUGUUCCAAUUGGCCGCGACCAGUACCGACUCAUCAUGA